AAAGGUUACGCAGGAAAGCAGUGUGACAAGUGUGCUGAUGGGUAUUAUGGAAGCCCCCUUGUUCCAGGGGGGAGCUGCAAACCAUGUGUCUGUAACAACAAUAUCGAUCCCUUCGCUAAAGGCAACUGCGAUCACGUGACGGGUGAAUGUAAAAAAUGUUUGGCGAAUACCGCUGGCUUUAGCUGUGAACGAUGCGCACCUGGUUACCAUGGCAGCGCCUUGGCUAGAAACUGCACAAAGUGUAUUUGUGACAAACAAGGAACCGCGCCAGGUUUUGAAGACACGUGUGACGAUGAGACMGGACAGUGUAACUGUCUUCCUAACGUGGAAGGUUCACAGUGUSAACGAUGUGUCGAGGGAUACUGGGAUCUAGGGAGCGGAACAGGGUGUAAACAAUGUGACUGCUGUGAAGAAGGCUCGCAGAAAACAAUGUGUGACCAGGUGGAUGGUCAGUGCCAUUGUAAAGCAGGCUAUGGUGGACCGCGCUGUUGUGAGUGUGAAAAUGGUUAU